GUUGAAUUGUGCGAUUCGGUCGGAUGUGUGCGCGCUUUUCUUCGACGUUCUUGCGUUUCGUUUCGUCGCUCUAACUUACCUGUAUAUUCGUAUGUGUGUGUGUCUCUGCGUGUGUAUGUGUUUGUGCAGCCAGCAAAUCAAAACCUAAUCAAAGUAUGCAAAUGCGUUGCCAACGUUACGCACGCGUAGUAAAUACAGCUAAAUAAAAAACCCCAAAUUGUGUCUGUUUGUAUGUGCGUGUUUCAUUUGAAAAGCCGCAAAGCGUAAAAAGCAUCAACAUCACCCGCAUGACCCGAGUGAAAGUGCAACAAAUAUUCCAACUAAAUCAAAGCUUACACCUUUAUUUUUUGGCCUUGUCCACACAACAUAGCAAACAAAACAAGUACAUAACAGCAAAAUUAAAACAUAAUUAAGACCAAAAUAUAGCCGUAAUAAAAGAAUCACUUGGACUACCUGUUGUCUAAGAAGUUCGUUGGACGCAGCGGAAAACAGAAGCAGAAGCAGCGCAGCAGCAGCGGAUUACAAAAAAAGAGGUGCGCAACAACAAUACGAAUAACAAGCGGGAAGAAGCAGAAAUAUCUAACUGUUGCGUCUCUCGCUUCUUCGUUUGUGUGCGUCUGUUUAUGAGUUUGUGUGCGUGAAGUGCAUUUAAAAUAUUUAGUUAAUUGCGCUACGCUCAAAUAUUUUGCCCAACAGUUUUAAACAGAUUGCAGAUUGCAGUGAGCGAGCGGUUCGACAGAAUGGCGCCCAUGCCACGCAUUCAGUUGGCCAACAGCAAUGCGGCAAUCAAGGCCAGCACCAAUAAUUUUCUCUAUGCGGAAACUGUUUCCGGCGACAGCAGCCCAACGCCCAGCAGUCCGCCUUCGAGCACAGCUGGCGUAGCCAAAUCUCAAUGCUCGUCGCUGUCCGAUGGCGAGUCCUUUGAGGGUUAUGGCGAGAAUGAAUACAGCGGCCAAUUGCGUGUGCCAGGCGGAUCCCAAAGUAACAGCGGUGGCAGCCACAAUAACAACAACAACAACAGCAUCAGUGGUGGCAACGGAAGCUUAUGCGUUAGCAAUGGCAACGGUGUUGGCCACAGUGGGCACUCGAAUGACGGCAAUAACAAUUUGAAUGACAGCGCUGGCAUUGAACUCGAUCUGGCGCCGCAUGUCUCAUCAUCGCCCAAGGAUGACGAGGAGUUGAACAUUAUGCCCCGCGACAAUUGGGCCAGACGCAGUCUGAGACGCACGCCUACAAGCAAUCCAGAUAGUUUAUCCCAGCGUCGUUGGGGCUCCAUGAGACAUUCCGGCCGCAGGCAGAUAAGUUCCAAUGCCUUAGCCAGUCAACUUUACAGAUCAUCGAGCUUCAACUCCUCGGGCCGUAGUUCCAACUGUGAUACAACUGAAGACAUGUACAGCGACAUAAGCUUGGAGAAUCGUCAUGAUUACGAUUAUCGGCUGGAGCUGCUGCAGCGCAAGGUGGAUGAUCUGUCAGACACACAGAAUAUAGCCGAGGAUCGCACAACGCGCACCAAAACAGAAUAUGCGGUGCUCCAGGCGCGUUAUCACAUGCUCGAGGAGCAAUACAGAGAGUCGGAGUUGCGUGCCGAGGAACGCUUGGCUGAGGAACAGAAGCGUCAUCGCGAGAUCUUGGCGCGCGUGGAACGCGAAGCCUCGUUGCAGAAUGAGAACUGCCAGAUGAAGAUAAAAGCCACCGAAAUCGAGGCGAAUGCACUGCGCGAUGAGGCGCAACGAUUGCGUGUGCUGUGUGAUAAACAGGCCAAUGAUUUGCAUCGCACCGAGGAGCAGCUGGAGCUGGCACGCGAUCAGAUUGCCGCACUGCAGCAGGAAUACGAUGAACAGUUGCAGACGCUGCGUCGCCACGAGCAGGAGAAGAAAUCCACCGAGGAGCUGAUGCUGGAGCUGAGUCACGAGCUGCAGCGUGCCCGCGAAGAGAAUGGGGCACGUGCCAUGCCCACCACAUCGCCGGAGAGCAUAAGACUGGAGGAGCUGCAUCAAGAGCUCGAGGAGAUGCGACAAAAGAAUCGCUCACUCGAGGAGCAGAACGAGGAACUGCAGGCCACGAUGCUGACGAAUCAGGCCACCAUGCUAACCAAUGGCGUGGAGCAGGGUCGUCAUCUGUUGAGCGGCACCCUCAACAAUCUGGCUCAGGAGCUGGAGGAAAUGUCACAAGCUCAGGAUUCUGUGGAUUCAGCCACAUUAGCAUCCUUAAGUCAGCUGCAACAGGCCUUCCAGGAAAAGGAAGAUGAGAAUGUCCGUCUAAAGCAUUACAUCGACACCAUCUUACUCAACAUUGUGGAGAAUUAUCCCCAACUGCUCGAAGUCAAGCCCAUAGAGCGCAAGUAGAUGAAGACGACGACGAGAAAGAGAUGGAGACGGAGAAGAAUAAACAGCCCAGACACUUUACAGUUUCUGUACCACCUAACGUAAACUCAACAUAGAAACACACAGAUGAAAGAAAAAGAAAAACAAA